AAGAAUCAGGAAUUUUUUACUUAUACAAAAGAUUAAUUUGUAGGAAUGUAAGGUAACUAAUUAAUAUGAAUCCUAUUCUGCAUAGGAAAAAUAUAAUCAAGCAAAGCAAGCACCGUGUGUUUCUUCAUACUUAAUUCUCUAUCCAUCCUCCUCUUCCUUUGCUCCUGUUCGAUCGGUUUGAUUUGAUUAAUAAUGGCUUUCUUAAAGAAUGUGGUUGCCUUCUUGUUGUUGACAACUCUUUUUGGAGUCUCUCUUGGUACUGUUUACAAUGUUGGCGAUUCAAAAGGGUGGAUUGUGGGUAAUGUGGAUUACAAAAAGUGGGCUUCUACCAAGAACUUUCGUAUUGGAGAUGUCAUUGUGUUCAAAUACAACAAUAAAUCUCACGACGUGAAGCAAGUAACGCAUCAAGCCUUUCGGUCUUGCAAUGCAACAUCUGCCAAGGCAACUUUCACCACAGGCUCCGACUCCAUUACCCUCAAAUCAGUUGGCCACCAAUAUUUCUUGUGCAGCUUCCCUGGUCACUGUCAAGCUGGACAGAAGGUUGAUAUUCGGGUUGCUCCAAUAUCUCACGGCCCAUCUCCCAGCCCAGGACAAACACCCGGCUCUUCAUCGCCGCCAGGAUCCUCUCCGAUGGCACCUGCCCCCUCAAAGAGCGCCGCUCCCUCUCUCCAAUCUUUCAAGUUUCUGCCCUCUUUGAUUAUUACAUUUGCAAUCUUUGUCAAUGCAGGAUUCCCAUACUAGACAGGUUUAUCAUAUUAUUAGUUGAUCCAUGUUCAUUUGGACAUGGCUAUUUCUGUUACCUAAACUUUAAAUGCUUUUGGUUCAGGACAUUUUUAUUGUUGAUUGCUUUGCUAGACAACGAAUAAAUUAGCUUUUAUCUCUACU